GUGAUCUCGAUAUGUAUUGUAGUAGAAUAAAAAUAGUUUUUAAAAAUAACCUAUACACUCUAUCUCAAUGCUAUUGAAAUGAAUAAAUUUACAAAAACACAAUCAAUUCAUCCGCCAGUUAUCAGAGGAAUAAUGAGAAAAUUCACUAACUUCAGAAUAAUUAUCGAAAGAACAUUGACGGAAAAAAAUCGCUUGUUUAUAAUAGAACAAUUACAAAGCCAUAUGAAAAUUUUAUGAUAGCUUGGUAACUCAAUUAAGUAUUGAAGAUGAGGUUUAGAAGAAAUGUUGAAUAUGAGUAUGAUUAGAAUCUAAUAUCGGGAAGACAUUCCUCAAAUGCAUAUUUCCGAAGAGGGGUCGAUUAAAAUUGAUGAAUUUUGAUGUACUUGUCACACUGAUGGUUGCAAUAAGUACUUACCAAACAGGGAUGUGUUACCCGAACCGUAGGACUAAGGUUAACCCGCAAGCACAGAGAGAUGUCAUCGCCACUACUCAAGAAGCCACAUGGAGGAAACCAAUGGAUAGAUUUAAACUCAGAGAUAUGCCAAGCAUCAGAAAAAUAGAGGAAGAUGUGUUAAAUUUUGACAUGUUGGAAAGAAAACGAAGAUUUGGGAAAAAAUGGACAGGAUGCGAUGCAAAGGUAUAUUUAAAAAUCGUUGAUAACGUUAAGGAUCCUGUCCAUCAUGCUGUAACGUCUUUAUCUCAUUUAAGGAAAAAAGAAAUAAAUCCAUCAUAUAUUGUUAUUCAACCAGAGAAAUUGGAUAAAAAGUUGAAAAGCAUUAUGAAUUCUCUCAAGGCAAAGGCGACCACAAAAAUGUAUAACUUGGAAUACGACGAGGAAGAUAAAUACUAUUAUGGUUUGGUCUCUACUCUCCCUUCUAAACCAGCUCAUACUCCGAAUAGCCUUGAACCACCCUUAAGAAAAACUAUGAGGACUAUAGCACCUAAAAAACUAAAAUUGUUAAAAGCCCUAAUUAAACGGUUCAGAGUCAAAACCACCACUGAUAUUUCAAGGGUAAAUAAUAAAAUUAUCGACCGUUUUGCCAAGAAGACUACAAUACUUGGAACGUACAUAACACGUACACAGAAGACCAAAAACACCUAUUUGUCUUUAAAAGAAUUCGACCAUAUCUUUACUCCUUCAACAGUGAAAAAUAAUAACACAGAUUCCGAAAUAAUAAAACAUGAACGAUUAUCGGCCCACGACAUGAGUUCCUAUCUUAAUUCUGAAUCGCCUUUUGGGUUAGGCAUAAAUAAAAUAAUGACAGAAAAUUAUAAACCAAUACUAAGCGAUGUACGCAAUGGUGAGCAUAAACCAGUCAUUGUCGGUACCUCAUUGAACUCACUAGCGGAGAUGAACGUGACAAAGUUCAUUACAAAGUUAAAGAAUUCACAUCCUGGAGUCCUUCCAGCAACCCCAAUAACCUUAAUCCUGAACGAAGACAAUGAUGAUAUUGUAAUAAGUAAUAAUACUUUGAUUCUACCAGUACCAAUCUUCGGAAAGUACGCCCGUAAAGGUAUUAAUAAAAAUAAAUUGUUCAAUAGUGGCCCAAUUGCUCCUGAGGAUCGUAAAGAAAAUCAUUUUAAUAUGAGUAAUUGGAAUGAUAUAAAGGCGACGGAGGGUGAAUUUAAUAAUUCGGAUCAUCACUCCUUAAUUGCAGGUAUCCUAUACAGCCCCACACUCAUGCAGUCCUAUAUCAAUGAUUCGUUUGUUCCCAUUUUAACUAACCUAACCGAAAUAAAACCAUCUAAUUCAAAUAAAGUAGAUCAAGAUAAAACGAUAUCAUCAGUUUUACCACGCCCCAUACUAAAAGAGAACUUGGGAAGUAAUAUUUCCGUGAUCAAACUUCUUUUUAAUUACAAGUACCCUCAUAGAAAUUUCACAGACCUCCUGCCAGAUGAGGGUCAGUCAAUGGUUUUUAAACCUUUAUUAAAUUUCAAAAAUCCAUAUCAGGAAUCUGUUCAUACAGAUACUGAGAUAUUGAAAACGGAUCAAGGUAGUGUCAGUGCAUUUAUGUCUCUUUUAAGCGGAAUAGAGGCUGUGAAAAAUCCAAGUAUCAAUAUAUAUUCCUAUAAUGUUUCCUUACCCAACAGUACAAGCAUAAAUAGAAUUCGAAAUAUAUGGGAAAAAAAUAAAAUCUUUUCAAAAAUUCCAUUAAAUCGUUUAAACGAAAUCAAGCGGUUAUUGAAUGGAACCGAUGAAUUUUUAGCUAUUCCAUUGGAAGAAUUGUCAAGUGAAUAUAUUCAUUUAUUACCGAAUAAUCUUGAUUACAUAGAAGAUAGAGGCUUGAAAGAUCAACUCUUUUCGGGUCAAAUGAAAAUGGAUCUUGAUAAGUACGUUUACGAUAGAGAUGAUUGUUGUAAUACCUGCCGCACAAAACGGACCACUCAGCAUCAUCAUCAUCAUCAUCGAAAAGUUCACCCAACCAGGUUCGGCAUGCACAUAGACAAUAAGCAUGUUAUAUCAUGUUGUAAAUGUUCCCAGCCUGAAAUCCAAAACAGUUGUACUCAUCGCGAAGAGGAUUCAGGUUUAAAUGAAGAGGAAAUGCCUGCAAUUUGUAAAACAAGUAUUCAGAAAUGGAAAUGUACAUGUAGGAAAGGCACGGAUGCGUUUGAAAAAGCACGGUAUAAAACCAAAGAGCAGAACUACCAUAGUUUAAAAACUUUCUGUUCAGCUGCAGAAAACACCAUGAAGAUUUAUGACGAAGAGGAAAUAAAUGCGGACUAUUCAAUCGAUACGACGAAAACAGAAAUAUUUGAAGAGAAUAGGAAUAAUAAUAAAUUCGAAGAAAUAGAAGCUCACUUAAUGACACACCGGCCAGUUGAAGCACAAGGUCAUUGGGAUUGCCCUACCACUUACGAUUAUAGGAAGGAAAAUCCCAUUGUAACAGGGCCUUCAAGACAAGACAUCAUAGUUUCUAUAAUGUGCGGAGCCGCAACUUGUACAGAAUGUACAAUGAAUGAGGGCGACGAUUCUUUAAUAUACUUUCCGGAAAAUAUGGAAACCGACUCGUGCCUAGGUGGGGUGAAGAAGGUAACAACCUGCCUACCGCUUGAAGAAACCGAUGUACUUUCGGAAGAAGAAAAAGAAGAAGAAGAAGAAGAAGAAGAUGUUGGUCCAACAAUUUGUACACCCCCUGCACCCACUUGUUUUACGAUGCCUCCCGAAUCCAUUCAUUUUACGCUACCCAGCGAAGGGUGUUUUUAUUGGUUAAGCACUAAAAAACGACGCUGUACAUGUGCUUGUUUGUGCGAAACCAAAUCUCAAUACUUAGGGAAAAAACACGCAGCAUUUGCAACGAAAUCUAGAAUUCAUGAAACGAAUAGAAAGAACCAUCGUCAUAUUUGCCCGCAUAUGAACUAUAACCCUCUCGUUUUGAAACUAAUGGAGUCCAAAAAAAGAUCUACUCGCCAUUGUCCGAAUGUAAUGCACGCGGCACAUUCCGGAUCUAGUACCAUUAAUACCAAACCGUUAGAAGAAUAUUACACAGUGACUGAUAUUGAAUUAAUCGAUUAUUUUUCUAAGAAGAAAGUUCAUCAUGCAUUCAAUGAAAAUGAAAAUAAAUACGAAUCAGAUCGUGAUUAUUGGAUAUCCGACAUUACUACUGAUAUAUCGUUACUAACCGAUUUCUUGAGUUUUAGAACCUCUAAAAAAAUUGAAUGUAAUGUUCCACAAAAGUGCGAACAGAUUUAUAAGACAAAAUGCAUAGAUAUAACUCCUUCGACAGUUGGUAGAAGAUGUUUUUGUUCGCGGAAAAAAAAGCUUGACUUAAAGAAAAGUAGAAAUAAAAAAAUUUGCUAUGAUAAUUCUUUAGAAGAAAUAGAAGAUAAUUACAAUAGAAUUGUGUCGAAAUAUGUCGGAAAGUACAAGACAUUUGGACUCGAUUCAUCUGAUAUCACGAAUGGGUUGAAGAGUGAGGCACCCAUUGCCGAAUAUAUUAUUCCAGGCUAUAAAAAAGUAACGAGGGUAGUUCAUCAAAAGGAAAACCCACAUUGGUUGAAGGAUUACAUAAAAAGUAUGACUCUGGGAACUGAAGAAUUGGAUCUUGACCUGACUGAAACAAAACCGUUAUUGGAAGAUGAUUCGCUACCCGAUGAAAUAACCACUCAAGAUCAUGAGGGACUCAUUGUUACUUUUAAUGAAAGUACUCCACACUCAUUCGGAGAAACAGUAACUUUUCACACUACAACGACAACAUUACAUAACGGCCAAGAAGUACAAGAUUUUUUAUCCACAAAUAAUCUUCGUAAACAGCAUGUUAAAAAUAAGAAUAGCCAAUUAAAAGUAAAGGUCCAUUCCACAAAACCUACAGUUUUCGUAAAUAAACGCAAAAAAAAUCAUUCUCCUAUUAUAAAAAUUUCACCAUCAAUAAAUUUUCUUAAAAAAACCAACCAUAAGAGUCAUUUGGCAAACCAAGUUGAAGCCAUCUUUAAACCAAACGAUGAAAGACAAACCGACAUGAACAGAAUAAUUACUGUAACAACGGGAUCCAAUCCUCCAAUGGAAUCAGAAGCGAUUUUCCAACCGAAAGAAAUCGUAAAAAGUAAUGAAAUCGCUUCUGUUAAAAUCUCCUUUGGAACAAAUAAAGAGUAUGUCAAGAAAAAUAAGAAAACAAGUUUUAAAACAACGAAAAAGUUCUUUAGUUUCGAAACCAAACUGUGAAAUGUGGGUUAAAUAAAGCUUUUAUUGAAA